UCUCUAAGAGGAAGGAGAUGUACUCUAUGUGUUGACGCUUAGAAAUAUGGCGGCACCCUCCAGAAGUGAAGAGGAAGGGGAUCAAGGAUUAAUUACAUAUCAAGGAUUUCACGAAUAUCCCUGAGGACUGGUUUCUCCGUUUCAAUAGAAAAGACGUUUUGUGAGCUUCAGGCAUGGAGGAGGACGUGAAGUUAAAAGGAAGCAGCGUCGACCCCAUCCCGACAUCUAAGAUAGACCGUAAGAUUUCGGUGAGCGAGUUCUCGUGCCACUGCUGUUACGAUAUAUUGGUGAACCCCACCACUCUGAACUGUGGCCAUAGUUUCUGCAGGCACUGCCUGGCGCUUUGGUGGGUAUCUUCAAAGAAGACGGAGUGUCCUGAAUGCCGAGACAAGUGGGAGGGCUUUCCUAAAGUGAACAUUCUACUUAGGGAUGUCAUAGAAAAGCUGUUUCCUGAUGACAUUCAGCAGAAAUAUCAGGACAUUGAGCAAAACCGUGACAUCGCCCAGGCGCUGCAGGCCUUCAAUAAAUACGGCAAUGAUCAGAAUCAGACUUCUUCCACCGGUGGACGAGCAAAUCCACAAAGAGGAGGGGGAUUCUUCUCAGGUGUUCUGUCCGCAUUGACAGGCGUGGCGGUUGUCCUGCUUGUGUAUCACUGGAGCAGCCGCGAGUCUGAACAAGACCUCCUCGUCCAUAAACCGGUUACUAAAUGGACCCCUGAAGAAGUCAUCCUGUGGCUAGAACAGUUGGGUCCAUGGGCUUCCCAUUACAAAGAACGUUUUUUGGCAGAGAGGGUUAAUGGGAGACUCCUCCUGACUCUUGUUGAGGAUGAAUUCUACAAAGAGCCUUACAGCAUUGAGAAUAACAGCCACAGAAAGGCCAUUAUCAUGGAACUGGACAGAGUCAAAACAUUAGGCGUUAAGCCACCUCAAAAUUUAUGGGAGUAUAAGGCCGUAAACCCUGGGAAAUCGCUGUUUCUUUUAUAUGCCCUGAAGAGUUCUCCACGGUUCAGCAUUUUGUAUAUGUUCUUCUUUGACUACACAGAAACCUUCUUACCUUUUAUCCAUACAACGUGUCCUUUACAGGGUGAGCAAGAGGAGGAUAUCAUCUCCAAAUUUAUUGAUCUCAAUGAUCCAACAUGGAAGCAGUGGAGAGAGUUCCUGGUGAAAUACUUGUUUCUUCCAUAUCAGCUUCUUGCUGAGUUUGCGUGGGACUGGCUAGAAGCUCAUUACUGGACGUCUCGGUUUAUUAUUGUGAAUGCUAUGUUACACUCGGUCCUGGAAUUAUUCUCAUUCUGGAGAUUGUGGUCAAGGAGGGAACUGAAGUCUCUUCCUCGACUGAUGUGGGGGCAUUUCUGGAAGAUGUCAACUCAAGGGCUUUUUGUUGCUAUCUUCUGGCCAGUAAUCCCCCAGUUUGUCUGCAACUGCUUGUUUUACUGGGCCUUGUAUUUUAACCCAAUCAUAAACAUUGACCUGGUGGUCAAAGAAAUUAGGAGACUGGAAACGCAAGUGAUUUAAAGUCAAGCCCCGGGGGGGACGGACAGACAAGUCAUGACACUGAACUGAAAGACAAGACUUCACUUUCUUUCAAGCUAAGAGUUGUCAAGGGAUUUAAAAUGUCACAAUAUUUUCAAGCAUAUUUUACUUUAAGAUCACCUUUAUCAACCGUUACCAAUGUUUCCCUUUUUUUGAGAGAUGAGAGGAAAACUUAGUUUGGGUGAACUUUUUAUGUUCUACUCGAGGAUUAUUGUACAGCUGCUUUAAACCAGUGCAAAUGCAAGGUGUCCUGUGAUAUGAACUAUGGUCCUGCGAGUGGAUCAUUGCUAAUAAGUGGUCAUGAUAAAUUUCGGUUUGUUAGUGGACUGUGCAAUAAUUGAGUGGCCUGAGCUUAUAUUAUAUAGUUUGGCUUGUACAGUGAGUGGCUUUAAAAAAAAUGUUACCAA